AUGUUUUUCGCCCGCUCCGGUGUCGUCGCUGCGACUUUGCUCGUCCUCCAAUCGACCCUCUCGAUUGCUGCUCCCUUGUCGGACAAGGCUGUCCAUGAGCUCGAGAAGCGCAUCUCUUGCCACACCAACGAGAUUGCCAAGAGUGAGUCUGGCACUUCCUCGGCGACUUCAGCCCCUGCCGCCAGGCCUUCCCAUUCCGACGUGUUGCCUUCGUUGCCUCCUCGUCGAACCUCGCCUCUACUUCUGCUCGUCAGCUGGCGCUCAUAUCGAGGGUCGAUGAAUUCGUGUGUUGACACUCGGCUCAUCUUGAUCGCCUUCUUCUUCUCAGACAACGCCUGCGUGUCCUGCGCUUCGCUCUAUACGAACGCAACGACUUGCAGUCGUUCAGCGCCCUUGACGUGCUCCUAUGGCGAGGUCAACUCCAAGCGCCAGUGAGUGUACAGUCAUUACAGCUACUCUCUGAGCUUGGGCUAUCUCAAAAACAAAAGCCAAAGAAAAUGCCGUGGCUAAACCUCACCUCCUUUCUCAGGUGCGCCGCCGUCGACUGCAGCAAGAGCCCUGCUACCUAUCUCAGUGCCGAUGGUAAGAGUCUUUCCUGCUGCGCGUGCAAAAUGAUCUCGACGUAUUUCCUCUGUAACUACGUGAACUGAAUUUGUCUUGUAAUCCCCCUUGGUUCGCUUUUCUGCCUUCAGGCAAGCAAUGCCUGCCCUGCAACGACCCCAACGCUCUGACGUGCACCAGCACCACGACUCUCAGCUGCAACACCGACUAUACCCUCCUCCCCAACAACACUUGCGUGUACGGUACCCCUUACGGACAAAACACCGGCUACGGCUUGAUCAAGAACUUUGCGCCCAGCAACCAACCCUUCAAGCCCUACACGCCCGCGGACGGCGAUACCCAGAACUGCGCCCGCGCUUACACCAAGGCCAAGGGUGAGUCUGCACUGUGUCUUUGCUUACUCGGUUGUCAGCUUUCGUCUUACCUAUACCUCUAUUGCACUUCCCGCUCAACCCCAGUUAUCUUCUUCAUCGGAGAAUCGUUCGACCCCGCCACCUGCACUGGUCAAAACGCACCGCUCGACAUGAACCUCGUCGCGGCCAAUGACCCUACCGCCGUUGUCUUGGUCAAGGGCAACUGCACCCUGCUCGCCCAGAGCUCGUUCGUCAAGGCCAACAAGGCGAACUGCCAACAGGUCUUCAUCGGCCCCCAGUCGCCCAUGAUCCAGCUCUAA